UUGAGUCGAGGAGAGGGUCAAGACAGUCCAAACCGAGCGCUUCACUUCAUUACGCACAGAGAAAACACACAGAGCACCACCCGCAGCACCGCUAUACAGAACACACUGAACGAGCGGCGAAGACACGGGAUUUAAGGAAUUAAGCUUCACGUUGGAGAAAAGAUCGUGUCUGAACAGAGUUUUGUGGAUUUGGUGCGUCUGGAGAGCUGUGAGGAUGCGCGUCUCGGUCCUGCUGCUGCUCUGCGCUCUUUACGCAGGAGACGCGCACAAACUGUCCGCGCUCACGUUUCUGCGUGUGGAGCAGGAUAAAGAAUGCAAUACGGAUUGUUCCGGGGCUCCUCGCAAGCCGCUGUGCGCAUCGGACGGACGGACCUUCAGUUCCCGCUGCGAGUUUCUCCGCGCAAAGUGCCGCGACCCUCAGCUGGAGGUCAUCCGAGGCCAAUGCAAAGAUACAUCCAGGUGUGUGGCAGAGAAGAAAUACACAGAGCAGCAAGCUAAGAAAGUCUUCCCACAGGUGUUCGUACCUGUCUGCAACCCUGACGGAACCUACAGUGAGGUUCAGUGCCACAGCUACACUGGUUAUUGCUGGUGUGUAACGCCCAGUGGCAGACCCAUCAGUGGCUCAGCAGUAGCCAAUAAGAAACCCCAAUGCCAAGGCUCCAAGAAUGGUAAAGUAAAUCCCAAGGAUCCAGGAAAAUCAGUUUCCUUGCAAAUCUUCUCCAUUCUAAACGCAGAUCCUUCAACGGUUUUAGCAGUGGAAUCCCAGCCGUCCAAUGAUGAAGAAGACAUCAUCGCUCAGUACCCUACACUAUGGACAGAACAGGUCCGCAGCAGACAAAACAAGACCAAACCACUAUGUGAGUCACAGACACCGACCUCGUGUGAUCAGGAGCAGCUGUCGGCACAGGAAGAAGCAAGACAACAUAAAAACGAAGCGGUUUUUGUACCUGACUGCGCUCACGGUGGCCUCUACAAACCCGUCCAGUGCCAUCCCUCCACCGGGUACUGCUGGUGUGUCCUGGUGGACACCGGACGGCCUAUACCGGGCACAUCCACAAGAUUCGAACAACCAAAAUGUGAUGGAAAUGCCAGAGCCCAUCCAAACAAACCAAAGGACCAUUACAGGAGCAGACAUCUGCAGGGAUGUCCUGGAGAGAAGAAGACCGAAUUCCUGACGAGCGUGUUGGACGCGUUGUCCACUGACAUGGUUCAUGCAGUAACUGACCCGGCCUCUGCCGGCAGAAUGUUGGAGCCAGACCCCAGUCAUACUCUAGAAGAGCGAGUUGUUCACUGGUAUUUCAGUCAGCUUGAUAAGAAUUCCAGCGGUGAUAUCGGAAAGAAAGAAAUCAAACCAUUCAAGCGUUUGCUGCGUAAGAAAUCCAAACCCAAGAAGUGUGUGAAGAAGUUUGUGGAGUACUGCGACAUCAGCAACGAUAAGGCCCUGUCUCUACAGGAACUGAUGGGCUGUCUGGGUGUCACUAAGGAAGAGGGGGCAAAAACAGGUGAAGGCACAACAUCUAGUAAACUGAACCUGUCAAAGAAACAAGGCUAAAGUGGCCGCCGCGAUUGUUCCCGCCCCCACCAAAACGACAACGGAAACCAUAGUCUUUGCACUUUGUACUUUAAAACAAUGUAAAUUCACUUUGUAGAAAAAAUAAGGUAUUUAAACAGACUGCUGAAUAUGUGAAUGAUUUAGUUAGCAUUUGUAUGUCCUUACAAAAACAACAAAAAGAAUAAUAAUAAUUUAACACAUACAAUGUAUGUGUCCUUUGUGAAUCUAAAAUGAGUAUACUUUUCUAAGUUGUACAAGUAUUACAUGUUGCAUUUGUCAAGGCCAUCUUUUUUUUGUUAUGUAUUUUCUUUGUCUUUUCUUUGACUAAUUUCUGGAUUUUUUUGUAAUGCAUCUUAACAGAUUUUUUUUUUUUAGAAGUCUUAACAUUUUUUUAAAGAAGUUUUUUUUUUUUACCCAGCUAUUGCCUGCAGAUCAUAGUCCUGUGCCACACAUGGAAUGGGAGACAGAUAAUUUUGUUGAAAGUGCUUCAUGAUGAUUAGAAAUAAAGAAGUCUUUUAUAA